AUGGCAUCUUCUUUAACCUUCUCCGCGUCUGUCGGACAACAACAAAAAGUCUUCUCCGUGAAGAAGAACGCGAGCAGCAAAAAGAGAGUUUCGGUCCAAACCAAAGCCGCUUCCUUCGAAGAAGCGUGCAAAGCGAACGGAUGCGCGGCACUCGCAGCCGCGGUCGCCAGCGAAGGCUUAACCGCCGCUUUAUCCGAAGGCAGUUUUACGGUCUUCGCGCCGAACGAUGCCGCCAUGGCUGCGUACAGUUUGCCAGAAGGGAAAGCGCUCGGAGAUAUCUUGAAAUAUCACUGCAUCAAAGGGAAAAUCAUGUCCAAACACGUGACGAACUUCCCUUUAAUCAUGACUUUGGAAGGGAACAAAAUUGCCAUCGAUUCCAAGACGUUUAAAACGGAAGGGAAGAUUGAAGUCGGGAUGCCGCCGCAAGGGACGCAAGGCUUGGCCGGGAGAGUUGAUGGCGGGUUCAUCGGCGCCGUGGACAUCGAAUUCGAUAACGGGAUUAUUCACGUCAUCGACGGCGUCGCCACGCCGAAGCCGCCUUUGAUUGGCCAAAACGGCGGGUACGUUGCCGGCACCGUACCGGGAUCUGGCGAAGGCCGAACUGGUUUGGACACGAAAGUGUACACGAAGUAA